GGUACAUCAAGGGGCUGUUGUUAAAACUCAUUUUGUCUUCCAAACACUGCAGGAGCGACCAAACUUUGGAGAACUCAAUCCGAUGAGAUGAAAUGGAAAGCCGUCGGCAAUAUGCGAGUAUUAGUCUUCGUUAAUAUUUCUAUCAACAUCAACACAGAAAGUGAAAGUGGAAGUAGUUAAGUGGUACUCGGUUACCUUUAGCUUUAUUACCGGCACGAGCCUAUUGAUUUAGUGGUCACGGGUACAACUCGCCACUUCUAUCUGUCUGCGUGUACUACUUAUUUGUGUCGAUGUCGAUGUAGCAGAGGGAGACGAGAUCGCAGGCACUACUUCCUGUGCCUGCCAAUCGGAUGACGCUCCCUUUCAUCGCCAGUCACGGUGCAGUAGCUCCGGAGCAAAAUCUAGCCUGCUCUGGAAAGCACCCUAGUACUAGGAAAGGCGACGGCGAUCCAGAUGCAGAGUGUGUCCCGCCACCUGCCGCUGGCAAAAAUGAUACCGAGGCCGACAUUGCUGAGCGUGAGCACCCUCCGAUCAAGAGGUGCACCACUACCGACCACGCUCCAGAAGAACCGUUUUUGAAGGCGGUGCUACGCCGUUACGGGUGUUUCGUCGGUCGGCACCCGAACGUUAUCUGCUAUUGCACCAUUGUAACGUACGUGAUCAUCAUCUGUUUCGGAGUUGGUCGUGGCGCGGGUGCAGGUGAUUACGACAACCUGGAACGAAAAAUCGAGCAGGACAACUUCAUGAAUCAUUCCCCGAUGGAGUUGCAGUGGUCUAGCAGCGGCGGGAAGUUGGAAAAAGGCAUCCGGUUGUAUCGACAGCUCAUUGCGAAGGAAAAAAUAUCCGAGCGGGGCCGAGACAAGGAAAGCGAGCGGGUGCAACUGUGACUGUUUUACCUCUAACAUUGGCAUUGCUCCUUCUGCUUCUUGUUUUCUAUUUCGGAUUCAGCAAUAUGUCCACCGGUGGAACCGGAUAUGACUGAGAUUUGUCAAUUGUAAUAGGGAUCGACGACGCUUUAUUUCAAUGCCAAUCGACUCAACACAGGACGUCGGCCGCGCGACGAAUAACGACUGGCAAGAUGCGUACCACACCACAAUGUUCGUGCCCAGGGACCUAGAAGAAAACGUCGACUCUCCACCGUCGAGCAUGGACGCAGCGACUCUACCCAUCUUCCGAGAAAUGCUGGAGUUACAGAAACAGAUUUACAAACUGGAAGUGACUGUUGACGUUUCGGUGCCAGCGGCUGCGCAAUCGACGCAGAGCAGUGUGCGACACGAACAACUCAAGUACAGUUUCUACGAUCUGUGCAAGCGGGGUUUGUUUCCGGAUCAGCCGGGCGGGGGUGUCGUUAUGCCGUGCAUGCUCGCGUCGCCGCUAACGUGCUUCAAAGAAACUGGUGAUGUGAACCACGAAUCUUAUCGAGAGCUCGACGAAACCAUCCAGGAUAUCAUGCCCUUGCAGGUACCAUAUUCGACCCGACCCUCGCUCCUCGACGGCGUGGACAUUAAAACCGAUGCCGACUUGAAGCAGGUGCUCUCUGGCUGGCUUAACCCGGCGGACCCUGGUAACGCCAAUGUGAAAUCCGGUGGGAAGGGAAGCGAAAACGCCAGCUCAAAAACCGGUUGCGUUUCGGAUAAUGCGUUGUUAACGUGGUCCCAUGACCUAGUCACUUCGUUUGCAGAAUUCGAUAUCACGCCGGCGGAAGAAGUAGACGGUGGUGAUGCUAGUGAUUCCACUCCCGAGCAGUUGAUGCCAGACGUCCGCCUGAGCCGCGCGCUCGGCUUCCGCUUCGCAACGUACAUCGAUGCACCGGCAAAAGUGCAGUACCGCAUGAGUCUGAAUCACCCACGAACGCAAGAUUUCGCGAGUAAGUCGCAUUUAGCGAACAUCAAGACGGCGAUUCGAAAAAUGGAUCGCGCCUAUCACAACUUGGUAUCGGCUUUCAAUGAAAACGCACAGCACACGGAGGUGAGCAACUUUCCGACCUUUUUUCUCGACGACUUCGAAGAUGAGCUGGAAAAUGUCGACACGAUCUAUUUCAACGUGGGCCUGGGUAUCUCCGCGGCGUUCACAUACCUGAUUCUCGUGUCGCUGAGGCACCCUUUGGCAUGCCGUUCCGCGGUCGGGCUGGCGGGCUUGCACAUGAUUGUCUUGUCCGAGCUGUUUGGGUUUGUGGGUCUGUAUUUCUACGUCUUUGGGAAGCAAUUCAACAGCACCAUUCUUCUCGUUUUGCCCGUACUAGCACUCGGCGUUGGCCUCGACGACAUGUUUGUUAUCAUUCGCUAUUUCAGCGGCCUGGGCUACGCGUUUUUCGACUCUCACCGGGCUUCGCCAGAGGAGAUCAUCGGGGAGACGUUGGCCCGCGCCGGGGUGGGCACGACGCUUUCGUCGCUGUGCAACAUUCUGGCCUUCGGUGCAGGGGCGUUUUUGCCGAUUCCAGCGAUGGCCGACUUCUGCCUCGCAGCAACGCUUCUGGCGCUCUCGAACUACAUCACGACCCUGAACUUGCUCCUCCCUGUCUUGAGCUACGAGGUGGAGCGAAUUCAAAAUCUAGAGGCGGAAAGCGUCAACCCGCUGAUCAAGGCACAGCAUCAGGACGCGUUUCGGAGGGCACUACAAAUCCUCUCCACCGGCGGGGACGAGGACGAGGAUGCUGCGGUCGUAACGACUGCUACAGUUCCGGCAGCCGCAACCAGACACGCCGAUCAUCAGGAGGCAAGCGACAUCAUCAAUCGGAAGUUGCGGCGCGGCUUAAGCAUGGAACAAGACAGUGUCUUCAGCGAGAAAGCCACUGGUGGAGACGAAACUUCGGUAAGAACGGAGCAAAAAAAUGCUGCGGACAUCGGGAUGAAACUGCGGCGAGGUCUGAGCAUCGACAUUGCCACCCACAUUCCCGCCACCACGGAGCGCGGACGUGCAGGUACUGUCAGCGAGAAACAAGCUCAUCUACUUUCUGGGUGCGACAUAACAGCUACGCACAGUGGUGAGUUCAUGGGCAGCUCCGACUCUUUCGAGAAGAAGUUGUUGCACUGGCUGUCAAACAGCUACGCCCCGAACGUCAUCUGUCAUCCGGUUGCUUCUGUAUUCCUGUCGCUCUCUGGGUUCGCGCUGUGUGCGGUCUCCGUCUGGGCUAUUGUCAACGUGGACUCUGGAUGGGCUCCGAAGGACCUCCUGCCCACCGAUCACUAUCUCUACCGCGCCUUCGAGCUGGUUUUCUCCAUGUUUAGCACGUUUGAGUCCACCCUCAUCAUUCACAACCCGGCAAAAACCCCUCUGGACAUAGCGGCAUCACAACGAAGCAUUUUGACGCUCGUCAGGGACUUGUACGACACGACCUUUAUUUCGCUCGGCUACCUCAAUGUUCUCACCCUGCUUCCGUACACGACGUUCGUCACACUACAAGCCGGCGCGAAUGUGACAGCGGCAGUAGCGGUGGAGAACAGAACAACUCGUAGCACGACAAGCAACGCAGUAAACAAUGGCACAGUUGAUUCCGCACUUGGUCCAGCGGCCCAGUACGCGCUAGACACGAUGAAGGCGCCGCCGUACUGCUUGGACCAGAGCUGGACGGACCCAGUUUUUGCCCCGCUCGGUACGCUGACAAAUCGCUCGGCGGAGUUUUACGACAUUUACAACGACUGGGCCAAACUUCCUCCUGCUGCGGAGGCGAAUAAGUCGAUUGGGUACCUUUAUGCCGACAUCGGCUGGAGUAAUCUGUUUCAUUGGAGAACCAACGGCGCAGGAGCGACCUCAAAUUCCGGUGCCGGUGGUUCAAGAACGACGGUGCGAAACCUGUCUCCACGGUCCUUAGCGGGAGGUGCGAUGACAUCAGUAUCCACCACUGGCACAAUGCCCGCAGAAGAGAUUGAGCUGAUGCCGAUCCAACUUCUAAACAGUUGGAGAGAAGUCCGAGGCAGAUUUCAUGGUGAUGAUAGCGGAGCAGAACAAAAUCAUAAACAAGUCCCCUCUUGCCGAGCACGCCUUCAUCUACGGACCCAUCACCACCUAUUGGGAAGUUUUUCUGGAGCUAAAGGGCGAGCUGAUCAAGUUGGUCCUGAUUUCCGCGUUGCUGAUUUUCGUUGCAACAUUUCUCAUUUUCAAGCUGAGCUUGCCGGCAGGCAGUGGUGGCUCUGCGCUCGGAGUGAGCUUGAUUACUGCUGCGAGCUGCUUGAUGGUUGUGCUGCAGGUUUUCGGGAUCUCUUCACUGUUUCUCUCAUUCAACAUCUUUGUAGCGACCUCCGUCCUGGUUGCGCUCGGAAUGUCGGUGGAAUUCACGUGCCACUUGGCAGCGGCCUACGCUACGUCACAGAAACGGGACUGCAAAACACCAACCGAGGCUGUUGA